AGAGAAAGAAAAAAGAAGUAUGCCGUCUUGCCAACUUGUAGUAGGUUAAAAAGCAUGUCGGAGUCUAACGUGAGGGGCGUGUGAUCCUAAUCAAUUCAAAGCAGCCAAACGCGUUGCUUUCAUCCUAAUCACCAAAUUAAAAAGAUUCAAACUGAAAAAUCCUUUCAUUCUUGCUGAAUCGUUGAUGACCCAUUAUGACUCAUCUUGUGCUCAAAAAGGUAUUUAAAAUAUUCAUUAUCUUAUCUUUUCAUUGCCCUAUAAAUACCUUACCCCUUCACCAAAACCAUUUCAUCAAGCAAGCAACAUCAACAUAAAAUAUUACACAAUCCUCUAAAGAUGAACAUGAGCAGAGUUGAGCAACAAGUCAUUACUUAUCCGGUUAGUUACUUACCUGAUCCGGCUUCGAGUAACAAAGGAAGAUCAGUUCUUAGAAGGAAGAAAACAGAUGGUUUCACCAAUGGAGAUAGGGACCAGAACAAGUUAAGACCAAAGCUAACCGAAACAGUGAAGAGAAAGCUAUCUUUGGGAGCUAAGAUUCUUCAGGUAGGAGGCUUAGAGAAGAUCUAUAAGCGGCUCUUCAGAGUCAAUGAAGAUGAGAAACUCUUCAAAACUUACCAGUGUUACCUCUCCACUACAGCUGGUCCCAUCGCAGGCCUUCUCUUCGUUUCUUCCAAGAAAAUGGCCUUCUGCAGCGAGAGAUCAAUAAAGGUGGCUUCCCCUCAAGGAGACAUGAUCCGAGUUCACUACAAAGUGUCUAUCCCUUUGUGCAAGAUCAAGAGAGUGAAUCAGAGUCAGAACACGAAGAAACCGUCACAGAAGUACAUGGAAGUAGUCACGGUCGAUGGUUUCGAGUUCUGGUUCAUGGGGUUCUUAAGCUACAAGAAAGCUUUCAGUUGCGUUGAGAAAGCUCUUUCUCUGAGCUAUGAAGACAGUGAAGAACAAUAGUUAAAGCCAGUGUUUCUUAGGAGCUUUGGAGUUUUAGAAAUAUUUCAUUUCUUCUUUACCUGAUUGAUAAGAAAAUAGUCUUACAAGACAAACAAUAUUGUACAAAAUUCAAUUGGACUUUAAAAAGAAUGAUUCAUCUGUUUCCAAAAAAAUAUAUGUUUUAAAAUUUUUACACAUAUUAAUAAAAUAUAUUAAAUUUUAGUUAUAAAUA